UGCCCUACAGGGUACACUGGGAAAGAGUGUGAGAUACUUUGUCACUGUAAGAACAAUUCUUGUGAUGCUAACGGCCACUGCACCAAAGGAUCCCAUUGUGAGAUAGGAUGGUUUGGGCCGGCGUGUCAGUACCGUAAGUGGAAUAGAUUACGCUCUUAUAUAAUUUCAAAAUGAUGACGAUAUUUUUUUAAAAAUUCAUUUAGAUGAAAGCCCAAAUAAAUAAAUAUAAAUCAUACAUAUGUCAUUAGCGCUGCAAGGUUUGCUGCUUGUCACGAUGAUUAACACCAGAUACAAAUGUGAGUAAUGAGAGAUCUCUAUUUCACCACAGUCACCUUUGAUCUAUAAAUUCUUUAGUUUUGCGUUCUUAAACUCGUAUCAGCCAUUCUUCUGCUGGGUGUCAGUGUGUGUCCCUGCGUGUGUCUGACGAAUAAUAUGUAAGGCCUUUUUUUUUAUAUUUCUAAAGUAGCAUUGUGACUCAAACGUUCCAGGUAACAUUGCAAGCAUGGACGCGGAGCUCAAUACACUACUCACAGACAACAAUGACACAACGUGUUUCAGUGCGGAAACAAAACGUAUUGAAUUGAAACUGAAUGAACCGAUCGUAUUUACGUGGGCCAGGGUU